AUGGAGCCGAGGGCCAUGGAUGAUGACGCUUCAGCGACUGGCGAGGCCGGGCCCAGGCCGCCCAAGCGACAAUCCCUGGGGACAGAAGGCCCACGGCGACCAAAGCGUGGCAAGUACACACCGGUAGCAUGUGACGAGUGCAAGAAGAGAAAGCUCAAGUGCAUCCCGGCUGGCGAUGGGGGCUGCGAGCGCUGCAUCGCCGGCGGGCUGGCAUGCGCCUACGCGUCGGGGCCGCCGCCGGCCACCAAACAACGGCAUCAGAGCGACCAGGUUCGGUCUCUGAGCGAUGAAAUGGCUCAACUCCGCCAGCAGGUUGCCGACUUGGUGGGCACUGUCAAGCAGCUCAAAGACCAUUCGCCGCGUCCCGCCUCCAUGGCGCUGCAGUCGCCGGACACGACCAUUGUCCAGUCUCCCUCGACUGCCCAGAAGGAAGCUGCGCCGAAGCAGCCACAGUUCGUCGGGCCCACCAGACCGUCCUUUGGCCUCCUGGUGGGCGAACGAUCCUUGACGCGCAUGGGCAUUCCGACCUUCGAGUCCCCCCCUCCGAGCGGCGCCCAGUCUCCGGCCGAACCCCUCCGGGAGAUAACGUCCGAGGCCGAGUUCUGGCAUCACUGCACACCGGGCGAGAUGGCAAGGCUACUUGCCGUCUUCGAGGAGGAGGUCGAGUCCGUAUACCCUUUUAUCGACAUUGUCGAGCUCGCGUCUCGGGCACAGCAAAUCCUCGACUUUAUCCGAAGCGGCAAGUCGACAAGCGGCGAAGUACGAGAGGAAAUGCAGCUCCCCGUGAGCGCCAGAGAUGUUGAAAUGGCCAAGGUUGCCAUAGCCACCGCCCUGGCCGUUGAGGCGCACGGCAAAAGCAAGUUGAGUGCCACAAUAGCCGAGACCGUAGAGCGGAAUGUAUCAAGGAUCUCGAGUCCCCAGGUCGAGCUCAAGGAGAUCCAGCUCCUGACUAUGCUGAGCAUUUACUACUUCCACUGCGACGACGAGCUACUUGCGUGGCGCACCAUUGGCAUUGCUGCCCGCGAGGCUCUAGAGAUGGGUCUGCAUCGCCGAAAGAGCUUGUUUGACAACUUCAGGACCCGGACACUCGUCGCCUGGCUACACGCGUCUUUUGACCGCGAUAUAGAUCCCGGUCUCCCUGAACCGGAUUCCGAUUUCUGCUACCUCAAGUGCAUGGUAGGCUACGGUCGGCUCUGCUCCAAGCUCUGGGACGCUAUUCCGCCACUGGGUUCCGCCUCUCAGUCUAUCCCUGAGGAGACAGUUCAUGCCUUGGACCUGAGCACGCAAGACUGGCUCGAGUCCAUUCCCUCCCAUCUCCGACUCCGACACCCGCGCCUCGGACUCGCGGCACGGACCCAGCCUCGCGUCUUGCACCGGCUCCGGGCCUUGCUCUACCUGCGCGGAAAUCACACGCGCAUCUCCGUCUACCAGCAUUAUCUCUUCAACACAACCAGCAUCACGGCGAACCUACGAAGCGCAUGGCUGGUGGUCAACAUUGCGCUGGAUAGCGUGCAAAUCCUGGUACACUUGAACGCAACCACGGACAUCUACUCGCGGCAGCAAAACGCCUUCAACUACUUUUUGGUCAGCGCCAUGGCGGUGAUUUUCCUCGCAGUAUGUCAUGCGCCCAACAUAUUCACAGAGCCCUGUAGGAAGGCUUUUCUAGACGCGGUUGAUCUCGUCCGGGGCUUCUCGCGCCACAGCGUCGUGAGCCGGAGGCUGUGGAAAAGCAUCCGCGGCCUGCUGCCGCGCUUGAGGAGCCUUGGUCUCCAGAGCUCAGACGGUUCGUGUACCAGCAACGAUAUGGGGCCUGCGAGGGGUAGCCCUUCGCUGUCGGGAGGUGAGGCACCAGGCGUGUCUGAAUUCCGAGAGGCGCUGCAGGAUCCGAUGAGGACGGACAAUGGCAGCAGUCUUUGGGAUGCGCAGACCACCAGUGACAUAAUACCCGAGACUGAGAUGAGCAACUCGGUCCCGGACAUGUUUCAAAUGAGAAAUGAUCUUUUGGACAUUUUCGAUGCCCUCGGACAGGGCCAGCACUUUCCAGGAGAGUUUGGUGCUCACUUCUAUGGUCCCGAUGACACGGAUUUGUUGAAUGGAAGGGGAGGGGAGAUUUCUCGACGACUUCAGGGAUUGAUAUGA